AUGGAGUUUGAGAAGAGGAAGGCUUACACACUGUCCUCCAUGAACUCACCAGAGCCAGACAAAUCCCCCAAAGGCACAAUUGACAAACCAAUCAUCCCCCUCCUCAACACCCUUAACUCUCACCCUUCUUACUUCACCACCAGCUCUUGCUCUGGCCGUAUCUCCAUCCUCUCUCAACCCACCACCACCACCACCGCCGCCGCCGCCACCAUUAAGAAAAAGGCCAAAGGAGGCACAUGGGUCUUGAUCUCACACGACCCAGUUGACCCGGAGUCAGUUCUCAACCUCCUCUUCCCCAAAGAGCCGCCUCGCUGUGUCAUCGAGUCCACUCAUGACCUUGUAUUUAGAUUUGAACCAUUGAUAAUUUCUAUUGAAUGCAAAGAUUUAACUUCGGCUCAAUUUUUGGUUUCAUUGGCUAUUUCUUGUGGGUUCAGAGAGUCUGGCAUCAACGGUGUGAACAAAAGAGUGAUCAUCGCAAUCCGGUGCUCGAUACGGUUGGAGGUGCCAUUGGGAGAUACCCAGAAGAUCAUGGUGUCGCCAGAGUAUGUGAAGUACCUUGUUGGUGUUGCAAACCAAAAGAUGGAGGCGAAUAGGAGAAGAGCCGACAAUUUCCUUGAAGCAUUGUUGAAGAAUGGUUUCACAGGAAAAGGGACUAAUGUGGAUAGAGGUGAAAAGAACUUGGUAAAUAGUCAAGUGGACUAUAACGAUAGUUUGGUUUUUCCUGAAGCUGAAAAGUCUGAGUCUUUGUUGGAGUCUUUGCACAAUGAUGAUGAUGAUAGAGAUAUUGAAAGGAGAUAUACUCAAGCCACCCAUUGUGGGUCAUUGGGAGCUCCUGAUAUCAGUCUCUCAACGGAACAGAUAAUGAUUGUAGGCGAACCUGUUGAGAAGCUUUUCCUUUGGGGUCACUCUGCUUGUACAUUGAAUGGCACAGAACAUCAAAAAAUUCUUGUUUUUGGUGGUUUUGGAGGCAUGGGAAGACAUGCACGGAGAAAUAACUCCUUACUACUUGAUCUAGUCAGUGGUAAAUUAGAAGCAAUCGAUGUUCAGGGCACUCCAUCUGCACGCUUGGGUCACACGGCUUCUAUAGUUGGAGAUCUUAUGUUUGUUAUCGGAGGCAGGACUGAUCCGGUGAGUAUUCUGAAUGAUGCUUGGGUCCUGAAUACAGCAAAGAAUGAAUGGAGGCUGUUACAUUGUAGUGGCAGUGUGUUUCCGCCUAGGCAUCGACAUGCAGCAGCCGUUGUUGGUUCGAGAAUAUAUAUCUUUGGUGGAAUUAGCGAUAAUGUUAUCUCUUCCUCCUUAUAUGUCCUUGACACACAGAAGUUGGAAUAUAAUGAGAUAUGCAUCAAAGAGGAAUGGCCAUGCCCCCGUCAUUCCCACACCCUGGUUGCAUAUGGAUGUCAGCUAUAUUUGUUUGGAGGAUAUGAUGGCGAGAAAGCACUAGGAGACCUUUACAGUUUUGAUGUUGAAACUUGUCUAUGGAAGNGGGAAUGGCCAUGCCCCCGUCAUUCCCACACCCUGGUUGCAUAUGGAUGUCAGCUAUAUUUGUUUGGAGGAUAUGACGGCGAGAAAGCACUAGGAGACCUUUACAGUUUUGAUGUUGAAACUUGUCUAUGGAAGAAGGAAAAGAUGGCUGGAAGAACGCCAUAUGCAAGGUUUUCUCACUCAAUUUUUGUUUAUAAGAACUACCUUGGCCUCAUUGGGGGAUGUCCCGUGAGACAACAUUAUCAAGAGUUGUCAUUACUUGAUAUGCGCUUAAAUGUUUGGAAGCAUGUCAUGGUGAAUUCUAUUGGUAAAGAUCUUUUUGUUCGUUGCACAGCCAAUAUUGUUGGUGAUGAUUUAGUAAUGAUUGGUGGUGGAGCAUCUUGUUACGCAUUUGGAACAAAGUUUGGUGAACCAUUGAGAAUGGACUUGCAACUGUUAAGGUCCAUAGCUGAUAGUUCUAUUAUUGCUGAAAUUGGAGAAAAGCAUGUCAUUUAUCAAAAUGGAUCUUUAGCUGAUAGUUCUAUGCCUAAAGAAAUUGAAGAAAAGCUUGUUAUUUACCAAGACAAAGCGGUGACAGAGGCAAAAAAUGGUGAAUUCCAAUUUUUGCAGAAUAAAAUUAAAGAGACAUCAAACAGAGGUCCUGGCUUGAAUAUUGAGGCUGAAGGACUGGAAAAAGUUGCCGCACAUCUGAUUGUUGCUUCGCAUUGGGUUCUACAACUUGAAAGAAAAUAUGCAAAACUGGGGAAAGACAUACUGAAAAUGUUUGGAUGGCUGGAUCUAGGGAGAAAUGUUUACUCCCAGGAAGAUGGAAAAUAUAUUUGUUUCCCUGUUUUGGAAAAGUUUUGUGCUGAAUAUCGCAAUAACCAGCAUCACUUGGGAGAUGCAUUUGAGGGAUUGGACGACCUUCAUCCACCAGAAGCAUUUAACAAGGAGGAGAUUUCAUUAAAGAAUAUCUCUUGUUCAAUGGCCUUGGAUGUUCUAAAGGCAUGUGGUGCUACAAAACUUGUAGAUGAGGUUGUCAAAGUCAAAAAAAUUUCCACCUCCCCUUUGAAAUUAAUGAAUGAAGCCGUGGCCUCUUUAAUAGAGCAGAAAGGUCUGCCAGAACAACUCUUAGAGCAGUUACCCACAAGAUGGGAGCGACUAGGAGAUAUUGUGGUGCUUCCAGUAACAUCCUUCAAGGAUCCAAUAUGGAACUCUAUUGGAAAUGAGCUUUGGCCAGCUGUUGCAAAAUCACUUGGUAUUCAGCGCCUCGCUCGACAGGGCCGAAUUGCAUCAACUGGGAUGAGGGACAGUACUUUGGAGAUUCUUGUAGGAGAUAAUGGCUGGGUUGAGCAUCGCGAAAAUGGGAUUUUAUAUUCUUUUGAUGCCACCAAGUGCAUGUUCUCCUGGGGCAAUCUUUCUGAGAAGCUUCGAAUGGCUGGUCUUGACUGUAGAGAUGAAGUUAUUGUCGAUUUGUUUGCUGGCAUUGGAUACUUUACAUUGCCAUUCCUUGUCAGGGCCAAUGCAAAACUGGUGUAUGCUUGUGAGUGGAAUCCCAAUGCUGUUGAGGCACUCCAACAUAAUCUUCAUACUAAUUGUGUGGCAGAUCGUUGCAUCAUACUUCAAGGAGAUAAUCGAGUCACAGCUCCUAAAGGUGUCGCUGAUCGAGUAUGUCUUGGUCUCCUGCCAACGAGUGAGGGCAGUUGGGUAACUGCUGUAAGGGCAUUAAGAAGAGAGGGUGGGGUAUUGCAUGUGCACGGGAAUGUGAAGGACUUGGAGGAGGUUCUGUGGACAGAACAUGUUUCAAAAUCCAUCUCUGAUAUUGUUGAGUUAGAAGGUUAUUGUUGGGAGGUCUCAGUAGAUCAUGUGGAGAGAGUGAAAUGGUAUGCUCCACACAUACGCCAUCUUGUUGCAGAUGUGAGAUGCAAACAGAUUCAAAGUCCGCGCCUGGUCCCCCCGUCUCCCCUCCUCCCUGUGCAUAAGGGUAAAGAACCUUUGGAUGAACUAAUGCGAAUGGGUGUAAACCUCGAUGCUCGGAAUCACCCAGUGAUAGCGUGGGUAAUGCCAGUUGGCGAAGUGGCAUUAAGCACAUCCCUAUCGAUCAGAAAUGGUGAAGUUAAUGAGAAUUGGAUUCAAGGCAAAGGUGCCUUGAGAUCUCAAUCCAAGAAGUUUAAAAUUCUGAUAAUGAAUGGUGUCGCUGAUAGAGUAUGUCUUGGUCUCCUGCCAACGAGCGAGGGCAGUUGGGUAACUGCUGUAAGGGCAUUAAGAAGAGAGGGUGGGGUAUUGCAUGUGCACGGGAAUGUGAAGGACUUGGAGGAGGUUCUGUGGACAGAACAUGUUUCAAAAUCCAUCUCUGAUAUUGUUGAGUUAGAAGGUUAUUGUUGGGAGGUCUCAGUAGAUCAUGUGGAGAGAGUGAAAUGGUAUGCUCCACACAUACGCCAUCUUGUUGCAGAUGUGAGAUGCAAACAGAUUCAAAGGUGA